UGAGCCACAAUGGAAAUGCCUCUCUUUGCCUCUCCAGGCAGGGUUCUCUGUUAGGGCUAGCCCCCAGGUGCUUCCCCAGCCCUUUUGUUCCCGUCCCUGCCUGUACCUCUGUAAAUAGUUCCUUCAUUAAAAGCUCCUUAAUUUCCCUUUGAUGCUCUAUAUUUCUUAAGUAGAUUCUUAUUGUAUAUACUGAGGGGUUUUGGUGACCUUCCUAAGGUCACAAAAUAAGUGACAGAACACCUGAGAGGACACACAAGCUAACACAAAGAAACAAAGAAGGGUGGAGUCUUUUUCGGCCCUACCAGCCUGCUCAGCCCCUUCUCAGAACCCUAGGCCCUGCCCGGACCGCCGGAAUCUGUGAUCCUUUUGUUGGGAUGGGAUUGAAUUCCCUAGGGCUCCCGUCCCAGACCUGACCAGCAGCUCCAGUAACCAGAGCUGUGUGAGAAGAAAAGGCCAAGCCACUGGGGUAGCCGCACCCCAAAGAGAGAUGAGGUCUCAGGUGAGUCAUGCCACCAAGGGGCCACCUUUCCUGUCCUCAGGGCCACUGCUCACCUGCAGCCCUGACCCACCAAGGACUCGGAACUUUGGCCACCCAGCCUCUUGCCAUCCUCUCCUUCAGCCUUCGAGGGUUCUCCACUCCUCCUCCCCCACCCCGCAGGUGUCAGGGAGCUAGGACAUCUGUCUCCCACCCCCACCUGGGCCUCUAGAGAUGUGAGAUGCACACGGGGCUCUGGGUGGGGCCUUCGGGCUCCCUACUUCCUCCUUCCAGCCCCAGAUCCACUCAGAUUCCCAGUGAUGGGCUCCAGCCAGGGAGGGUGGGGCUAUUUCUGGGACCAUCCAAAGUCACGGGCUGCCUAGGCAGUGACGGAGUGGUGGCAGGGAGCAGUCCUUCACAGAUCUCUGUGCCUCCAGCUGACUCACAUGUGCCAUGUCCCAGCACCUGCUGCUCCCAUUUGUGAUCCUCGCCAUCAGCCCCAUCCCAGGAGCCUUCCAGGACUCAGCUCUCAGUCCUACCCAAGAAGAACCUGCAGAUCUGGACUGCGGUCGCCCUGAGCCCUCUGCCCGCAUCAUGGGGGGCUCAGAUGCUCGGCCUGGCACCUGGCCGUGGCAGGUGAGCCUACAUCAGGGCGGGGGCCACAUCUGCGGGGGCUCCCUCAUCGCCCCCUCCUGGGUCCUCUCCGCGGCUCACUGUUUCAUGAAUAACGGUACCUUGGAGCCGGCGGCCGAGUGGUCGGUAGUGCUGGGCGUGCACUCCCAGGACGGGCCCCUGGACGGCGCUCACAUCCGCGCGGUGGCCGCUAUCCUGGUGCCAGACAACUACAGCAGCGUGGAACAGGGCGCCGACGUGGCCCUGCUGCGCCUGGCCUCGCCCGCCAGGCUGGGCCCCGCCGUGCGACCGGUCUGCCUGCCCCGGGCCUCGCACCGCUUCGCUCGCGGCACCGCGUGCUGGGCCACGGGCUGGGGGGACGUCCAGGAAGCGGACCCCCUGCCUCUGCCCUGGGCGCUGCAAGAAGUGGAGCUAAGGCUGCUGGGAGAGGCUGCCUGUCAGUGUCUCUACAGCCGGCCUGGCCCCUUCAAUCUCACUUUCCAGCUGUUGCCAGGGAUGCUGUGCGCUGGCUACCCGGAGGGCCGCAGGGACACCUGCCAGGGAGACUCUGGGGGGCCCCUGGUUUGUGAGGAAGGUGGCCGAUGGUUCCAGGCGGGGAUCACCAGCUUUGGCUUUGGCUGUGGACGGAGGAACCGCCCCGGAGUCUUCACUGCUGUGGCUCCCUACGAGGCAUGGAUAAGAGAAAAGGUGAUGGGCUCAGAGCCUGGGCCUGCCUUUCCCACCCAGUCCCCAGAGCCCCAGUCAGGCCUCCCAGAACCCAUGGAUGAGAACUGCACCAUUGCCCUACCAGAGUGUGGUAAGGCCCUACGGCCAGGCGCCUGGCCCUGGGAAGCCCAGGUGAUGGUUCCAGGAUCCAGACCCUGCUAUGGGGCGCUGGUGUCUGAGAGCUGGCUCUUGGCACCUGCCAGCUGCUUUUCGGGCCGCGUCAGCUCAGACCAGCCUCCCGGCGACCUGGAGAACUGGCACGUUCUGCUGCCCUCGCGCCCGCGCGCGGAGCAAGUGGCGCGCCUCGUGCUGCACGAGAACGCCUCCUGGGACGACGCCUCGGACCUGGCUCUGCUGCAGCUGCGCGUGCCCGUGAACCUCAGCGCGGCCCCGCGGCCAGUGUGCCUCCCCCACCCAGAACACUAUUUCCUGCCCGGGAGCCGCUGCCGCCUGGCUCGCUGGGGCCGCGGGGAAGCCGCACCCGGCCCCAGCUCGCUGCUUGAGGCGGAGCUGUUGGGCGCCUGGUGGUGUCACUGCCUGUACGGCCACCAGAGGGCGUCAGUGCCGCCGCCCGGAGAGCCGCCGCAAGCGCUCUGCCCCGCCUACCAAGAGGAGGAGGUGGCUGGCCACUGCUGGAACUAUUCUCACUGGAGCCUUCUUUGCCGGGAAGAGGGGACCUGGUUCCUGGCUGGAAUCAGAGACUUCCCCAGUGACUGUCUACGUCCCAGAGCCUUCUACCCGCUGCAGAUCCACGGCCCAUGGAUCAGUCAUGUGACUCGGGAAGCCUACGUGGAGGACCAGCUGGCCUGGGACUGGGGCCCUGAGGGGGAGGAGACUGAAACACAAACUUGUCCCCCUCACACAGAGUAUGGUGCGUGUGGUCUGCUGCCUGAGCCGGCUCCGAUGGGGGUCCUGUGGCCCUGGCUGGCAGAGGUGCACGUAGCCAGAGAGCGUGUCUGCACUGGGAUCCUCGUCACCCCAGGCUGGGUCCUGGCGGCCACUCACUGUGUCCUCAGGCCAGGCUCUACCACAGUGCCUUAUAUUGAAGUGUACCUAGGCCGGGCAGGGGCCAGCCCCCUCCCGCAGAGCCACCAGCUAUCCCGAUCCAUCAUCAGCAUCCGCCUGCCCCGGCACCUGGGACUCCGGCCCCCGCUGGCCCUCCUAGAGCUGAGCUCCCGGGUGGAGCCCUCCCCAUCAGCCUUGCCCAUCUGCCUUCAGCCAGGUGGUCUCCCCUUGGGGGCCAGCUGCUGGGUGCUGGGCUGGAAGGACCCCCAGGACCGAGUCCCUGUGGCUGCUGCUGUCUCCAUCUUGACAGCGCGACUCUGUCACUGCCUCUAUCAGGGCAUUCUGCCCCCUGGAACUCUCUGUGUCCUGUAUGCAGAGGGGCAGGAGGACAGCUGUGAGGUGACCUCAGCCCCGCCACUCCUGUGCCAGACUGAGGGAGGCUCCUGGGUCCUUGUGGGCAUGGCUCUUCGAGGCAGCAGGGAACUAUUUGCCGCUGUUGGCCCUGAAGAGACCUGGAUCUCCCAGACGGUGGGGGAGGCCCAUUUCCUGCCCACCAGUGGCCUCCCCCACUGGCUCCCCGAAGGCGGCGACCUCUGCCCCCCUGACAUAGCCAGGGCCUCAGGUUCCCCUCGGGCUGCUCUUUUCCUGCUGCUACUGAUCCUCCUGGUCCAGGGCUGAGGGGGCCCGGACCCCUAGGCCACCUCCUCUGGGCCUCCCCCAGCCCCUUUGGCCUUGCACGUCCUGCCCAGUGGGGCUGGAAUGCGGUCCAACCAGCUCUGUUCCCCUGCCAGGAACCUCCAGAGCGCCCCACCCACCUAGACUGCAGCGGCUUCAGCUAAUUGGGCCUGGGUGCCUGGCUAUUUUGGAGUCCGGCAUCCUUGAGGGCAGCGGGCAAUAAAGGUGUAAACACUGA